CUGUGUCUGUGUGGGUGUGUGUGUGUGUGUGUGUGUGUGUGUGUGUGUGUGUGUGUGUGUAGGAGCUAAAUGGCUAAAGGUGUUCGGGAACAGAACCUCUUCAGGAGUAAAAGUGUCUCACACAUGACACGACUCGUCCUGCUGCUCACACUGAUGCUGAGCCCAUCAACCAGUGGUCUGGACUCCAUGUGUGAUGCUACUCAGAAUGCUACAUGUGAUGGGGCUCUGGGAGGACCUGUGUACCUGCAGCUGAUGAGGAACGCCAGAGGAUAUGACCUGAACUUGUAUAAUGGCAGCGCACAUAUUUUUAGAUUCAAAUCCAAGUCAGUGUUCUUUAAUGAGUUCAACACCACAUCAGUCCUCCAGAGGUGGCAGUUUGUUCCUGAUAACGGGACCAUGAUUAUCAACCCUGCAGAGAGGAGAGACGCAGGGACAUACAGAGUGGGGAUCUUUAAAGAUGGGAGAUCAGUGGGAGAGUACACAGUACAGCUGACCAUAGAAGCGCCUGUGUCUGAUGUGGACCUGUCAAUCAACUGCUCAGCCAAUGGGGAGAGGAGUGUGAAGUGCUCCUCCAAUGGGGACAGUCCUCAGUACAGCUGGUCUCUGGAUGGGAGGUCUCUGGGUGAAGCUGAUGCUGAUCUCAGUUCAGAUAACCAGACUCUCCUGCUGAGGGGGAACGUGACGGGACAACUCACCUGCAGCGUCAGCAACCACGUCAGCAGCACACACACCACCAGACUGAUGGAGCUCUGCUCUGAGUCGGAGACCCCUCCCCCCACUGCCAAAACAGCAGAGUCGGAGACCCCUCGCCCCAGUGCUAUGCUAGCAGAGUCGGACGCCCUUCACCCCAGUGCUAAAACAGGGAUGGUCCUUCCCAUCUCAGUGUGUCUUGCUGCCAUCCUAGUGUGUGUGUUAGUGGUAGGAGGGAUACUCUACGUUUGCAAGAGGAAGAAACGCACACAAACAGAGAGCACAAUGGACCUGUCAGAUCAUCAUACGCACACUGUACCAGGUGAGCAUGAGGUGGCGUAUGCUGAGAUACACAUCUCUGGCAGCAGGGGGCAGCAGAGAGGGCAGCCGUGCGGGGUGUACGAGGAGGUCAAACCUGCUGCCGUCAGCGCUUCACCUGCCCAACAGGUGUACAGUGUGUACGCCCAGUUAGGCCCCGCCAUGGGGCCCCCGUAGAGACCCAGCCAUGGGGCCCCCGUAGAGACCCAGCCAAACCCAUGACUCAGCAAAACUGCUUCACAUUCACACCAGCGAUGUCUUAUGAUGACUCAGCAAAUCACACCAGCGAUGUCUUACAGUAUGAUGACUCAGCAAAUCACACCAGUGGCGGACCGUCAGGGCCUUCAAGGCCUUCUCUGAAGGCCUAACUAUUUCCAAACGAAUGAAAAAUACUAGUGUCUUUAAUAAAAUUUUACUUAACCAUUUAUUAUUUGCUCCUGCUUCUCCUUCCCCGAUCGUUCUCGACUACUACCGCUGUCGGCUAUGUGAUUUGAUUGACAGACUGUCUGAACAAAUAGCGAGAGUGUGCGAUAUAUUUUCAUCCAAUCCCAUGAGUUCCCUUGUUAAGGCCCGCAUCAGGCCUUCACAAGGAAUCUCUGCGUUUACGGUACCUAAGCAACCAUUAGAAAUCAUAUAUUUGGAUUCGGGUUGAUUGAUGGCUACAUCUGACUAAUUAGCCAAUCAAAUCGACCUAUUAUGGCGAGGUAGGCAGGUCUGACUGCAGCUAGGCCUGCAAUGUUCUAAAAGAAUACCCGGAAUCGUUCAUCACAAAUGUUAACGCUGUUUGAGGCGUUCACUGUCUAUGGCUUGACGUGAGGAACAUCUUGUGCCAGUGUCAGAAUCAGACUGGACUUCAAUGGAUAAAUAAAUGUGUCAUACUGACAUGACUAUGGUUAUAGUUAUGAAUAGCAAAUAAACCAUUAAGCAAAAAUAAUGUAGCUGGACUAGCAGAUAUCGAUAGUGCUACACAUAACGUCAGCUAUAACUCUGCACGUAGCUGGUCACUAUGCAGGAAUUGGUAAGUUUUGUUUCAUGUUUAUUUCAUAACAUAAGACUUGAAAUAUAUGCUUGUUAUCUGGCCCUUUACUAUAUAACAAACGUGUUUUAGUGCUGCUUGGUUACGACUAGAUUGUUAGCUUGGUACGACUAGAUUGUAUGCUAGCUUGAAGUUGUGUGCGAGUUGAUGAGACUUUGGUGAAGCUGUCGGGAUCGGCAUGUCAAACUGUCAUUUGAUUCCCUGCCCUCCAAGGUCUGGUUUACUGCCAGUCUACUGCCCUGCUAGUUUAGUCCGACUUUUGAUCUCUUUGAGUUUUGUGGAAAUUAUUGGUGAAAUCCGUGGCAUGGCCAUAACGUGAGCUGGCAAUUAAUGCAUUUUGAAGUAGCCAACAAGCAGUGGCAACAUUAGGGCAAUACGUUUUGUGACUUCUAUGUUUAAUAUCAUGGGUGGAGUGCUGUGACAUUUUCUGUUGAGACAUUUCUCAUAGUGUACCGUGAAGGUUUGGCAAACACUGUAGCAAAGAUACUAACUGACUGUAGGAUAGCCUAGCCCUGUAGUUCCACAUGACUAGCUUUUGAGUAGCCUAAUCGGAGCAGCAGCGAAGCAACCUAAAAUAAUAGCACCGUACACGCUACAGCUAAAUAGAAGAGCUCUAGAAACAGUCUGAAACAAGUAAGCCGAUGGCCUAAAUAUUUCAAGUAGGGCCUAGUCUGCUCAAACCCAUGCUGCUGAUAAGGAUAAUGGCCAGGUCCCAAUAAAGAUGUUAUGUUUACCAUUAAACAAUGCGGAAUUCAGCGCGGACGUAUUUGUUUAUGUAACGAAAAUAGUGAUACACCGACUCGCGUUAGAAAGAGAAAACGUUUCUCUCCCACUGUGAAAUGCAGGGAAAUUGCACAUUUUAACCUUGUAAUGUAAAAAAAAUCUGCGGGGGGAUCCCCCCGCAACGCCCCCCUAAUUUAUUUAUUUUUUGACAAAAAAAUAGUCAUUAUUGAAGGCCUAAUUGCUGAACUCACGGUCCGCCACUGAAUCACACCAAUGAUGUCUUAUGAUGACUCAGCCGUAUCCAUGCUUCACAUUCACACCAGGGGUGUUGUAUGAUGACGUGGGAUAUUGUUUAUAUGUUUUUAAUUGAAUGACGUGUUUUAGUAUAACUUAUAAAUACUGUAUGUAGUGAGAUCUGGUCCCCAAUGGAAUGUUAAGUUAAGCCCCGUGCCAUCUGAAACCCCCUCUGUAGGGAUCGCACGCAACACACACACGUGCCAUCUGAAACCCCCUCUGUAGGGAUCCCACACAACACACACACGUGCCAUCUGAAACCCCCUCUGUAGGGAUCUCGCAACACACACACACGUGCCAUCUGAAACCCCUCUGUAGGGAUCCCACGCAACACACACACGGCUCAGGCUGAGAGGUUCUUGUAAGCGUUCAUAUCUCUGUUAAAUACCAGCUGGUUGUCCAUGGUGUGUGUGUACUGUAAUACCAGCUGAUUGUCCAUGGUGUGUGUGUAAUACCAGCUGAUUGUCCAUGGUGUGUGUGUAAGGGUGUGUGUGUAAGGGCUGUGUGGGCUCAGCUGUUACUGUAGCAUUUCCUGUGAGUAACAUGCUCCCGCUGUCAUGAAUAAAGCUGCAGUCUCACACC